GUAGUUACGAAGCAGUAAGUCGCUGUUCCAGUAUUCGUGGAUUCAUUAGUAAACUAGGUAAUAUGACGCAAUUUGGAACAUUCGAUUAUAACAACAACAAAGAUGGAUGCUGAUGUGUUGGCUACGUUGAAAAUUCUAAUCAUAGGAGAAAGUGGUGUUGGAAAAUCCAGGUUAAUUUUAGUUUAUGUAUAAAGAAUAUUAUUCAAAUCUCUAUUGUUGGGGUUAAAAUACUGUUUUCAUUUCAAUUCUACAAAUAUGUACUAAUUACAUGCAUUCAGUCACCAAAUUAAUAAUAAUAUAUUUUUAAUAUUUUCAAAUUUUAUAUAAAUUAUAUGUAUUUGAAGUGUAGUGUACGAACUGCAUGUAGUGUAAUGCUUGUAAUGUUUAAAACUAUGAAACUGCUAGCUGUGCAUCUUAUUGGUAUGAAAUCAUCCUGGUUUAUAGUGAGUUUAAUAUUGUUGUGUUGAUUAACAUGCAGUUAUAUUGAAUUAUAAUGUUUAUAUAUGUGCCAGUCUAUUCACAGUAUUUCCGUCUUUAACUAAUUGAAACCCAAAUCUUUUCCUUCCUGAGUGAAAUAAUAAAGUACUGUGACAUUGGAGCACAUUGCAGCAUAUAAAGCGCUUGGGCAACAAUCGGCAUACACAGAGACCUGUCUAUAUCAUUAUUUAUUAAAACUCAAGAGCUGGGGGAAAAUAGACCCCUUUUUGUUGUAAGAAGAUCAAAACACCUAUACAUUACAUCACAAGUAGAAUCUCAGGGGAAAAAAUCAUAUACAACAUUUGCUGGAUUAAUACCUGGCACCAGGCAUGGAAAAGAAGAAAUUCGUUCAUGUCAUUACCAUCACAAAAAAUAACAUCAUUCCCAACUUGGCCUUGUAGCUCAGAUAUAGACGGCCAGCCAACCUCAAUAAAAGUGUCUCUAAAAUGCCAUUGAUGGCAUUUUUGUUACAAGCUGGCAACUGGCAUUUUCUUAUAGCUUCGACACUGGAGAACAAUGUUUGAUAGGUUGCCACCUCUGAUAUUGGCUUUAAUUUGUAUAGGUAAUCAUGCGAUGGCGAGUACAAUUAGGGAUAAUAAUAGUACGAGUGAUGUUUGGAAAUUUUGCCAAAAUUGGACAAGCCGCCGGGGCGAGUCCAAUUUAGCAAAUUUCCAAACAUCACGAGUACUAUUAAUCCCUAAUUGUACGAGCAACAUUGCAUGAUUACUUGUUUAUUAUUAGCAUAUGACAAAAUUGGAUACUUCUCCGUGAACAUCAUAUUCUCUCGCCAAAGCCCAGUCCUGCCAGACUUUCAACCAGAAUUUGGUACUUUUGUUCGUAUAUUCAUUUAGUUCUUUUGUUAAAGAAAAAUUUGGUGCUUUUGUUCGUAUUUUCAUCUAGUUACUCAAGGGCAAUUUCAUUUCACAUUUGUGUUCAAAAUAUACUUUUCCACCAUUUUGGGAAAAUCCUUAAUUGUACUGCAGUACAAUUAAUGAAAUAAUUGUAUUCCUCUCAACCAAUCCACAUCCAGUAAUUUUGUCAUGCUAAUAAUAAAAAGUGAAACAUUUUGAGAAUCUGAAAACUUUACCUAUUAAAUUGCUAUACUUACUAAACUGUGAAAUUUGAAACCAACUUUCAGCAAAAAUCACCUAAGUAUAUAAUCAGAAAGUUCGAAAAAAGUAGCUAUAGAACUUAAGUGAGAAGUGUGAAUUUAUAACCCUGUUUUGAGUUACAGGCGCUUAAAGUUGCUAAAGAACAGCUUUUGUGGCGUCACUCACCGCAUUUUACCUCAUUUUCCACAUUUUUAAGUGUUCUGUGUUCAUAACUCAAAUUUGGUUAAAUAAAUCGUAUUACUCAUUUAAAUGUCUUAUAUAUACUUUUUUAUGCUCUUUCCAACUAUAUAGAUGAUGCUAAUUUAAGUGAACUUCAAAUGUCACAUUUUUUGGGAGUAUAAUAAUUUAAUAGGCAAACUUUUCAAAUGCUUGUUGUUUGCUUGAAACAAAAAAUGCCAUUGACAGUCGUAUUUUGAUCAGCUGGCUCAGGCUGGCGGUCUAGGAAGGUAGAGCGUCAUUCAUGCCUCAUCUCCCAACAUCAUUAUUUUAGAUAGGUUGUUAGUAGAUCUAUGCAGUAUUCAAACACAAAUUUAUAUACAUUUUUAGACCUACAGUAGCUACCCAGGAGCAGUUGGGGAAAAUGUAACUAUAGGCCUGGCAGGAACGAACCUGAGGCCCUGUGAUUCCUGUAUCGCGGGGCUGCAGGACUCGAUUUUGCUGGGUCGCAGAUUUGAUUCCUAUGAGAGGGCCCACGGUUGCAUUUUUUGCAACUGCUCUUGGUUAGGUGUAAAAAUGUAUGUAAAUUUGUGUACAAAUACUCCAUCUGCAAUCAACUCACCUGCUAAUAUUUCCUACAAACAAAAUGCCCAAAAUAUUGGCAAUGGAUGCAACUAAUGCAACAGCAGAACUCUAUGCUUUCCAAAACAUGUUGACCAUGCAACUACUGUAUGCACAACUUCAUUGAAAAACACCUUUGCAUGGUGAUAUGAACCCCUGGUUAAAUAUUAUUUUAUUAUUUUAAAGUCUGUUAAAGCACUUAAGUUGUAAUAGAUGUGUGUAUAAUAGUUUGGGUCAUGCAAGUGUCAAAUAAUGUGAUUGUUUGUUAUGUGUUUUUAUGUGAACAAUUAUGCUCUAGCCUAUAGUGAACAGUUACUCUAUAGUCAUGUUUUCGUGGAAUUUGUUACUUAGUUAGUUACACGACCACAUCAGCUAUGCUGUAAAAUUAUCAUGUUAAAAUAAAUGCUUUUAUUAUUAUUAUUAUUAUUUAAAAAUUGUACUAUAUAUUUGUUGUUUGUUAUUAUUGUUAUAAUGCAUGUGUAUGUAUAGUUAUUAUUGAUUCAAGUAGACGGUUGUGAAUUACCUUAUAUAAGUGAGAUUUACAAUUGUAUGUAACUUUAAAAAUUCAUUAAUAAAGUUUCCAUUAUUAUUAUUAUUAUUAUUAUUACUAUUAUUAUUAUUAUUAUUAUUAUUGAUCAGUUACGUCCAGACCUUCUCUUGGCAAUUGAAAAUAAAGUUUUAUAUGUUUUGGAACUGACUGUUGGCUUUGAAACAAAUCUUAACUCUAACUCAGAUCAAAAACAUAAAAAAUAUCUGCUGCUUAAUUAUUUCAGAUCAAGAAAGUAACUAUGAUAAGGUAUGUAUCCAUAAGCUAGCUCGCUAGGCGUUUUUGGUCAAUCGACGAACACCUUAACUGAUAUGCUCAAGGAACUGAAGUUCGAUGAACAACAAUUAAAUACAUUAAAAAGAAAAUCAUUGCUAUUUGUAUUCGCACAUCAUAUUAUGUAUUCUGUCAGCAAAACAAAGACUGGACUAGCCCAGAGCUUCUAAAAUUUUGAACAAUAUUAAAUUCCUUAUUUUUGUAAAUUUAUAUAAUCCAAAUAUUUUUCAAGUAGUCAUCGAUAAACUACCUCUAUGAGCGAGGUUUAUCAAUGUAAAUAUAGUUUUAUGGUAUAUUAUGAAAUAAAUAAAGUUUCUAUUAUUAUUAUUAUUAUUUUAACUCAUCAAAUUUCUUCUUUUGUUCAUAUAGCUUACUUUUAAGAUUCGUUGAUGAUACAUUUGAUCCAGAUUUAGGAGCCACUAUUGGUAAGGUCCAUGAAUUGAGACCAGUGCUCAUUAAUAUGUUAGUGCGUACUUUACAAGUAAAACUCAUAUCAGUUGAAAAUGUGCAGGUUGCAAAAUCCAUCAUAUUUUAGUUUUUGAGUGUUCAAUAUUUUUAAGAUGUGACUACAAACUUCAAAAUGAUAUGUGCCUGAUUGUGACCAAAUAAUUAUGCUAGCUUAGUAUUUCUAAACAUGUGGACCAUUAGUUAACUUCAAGGUAGAUUUUAAUUAAUUAAUUAAUAAUUUUCAACAAAGUAAUUGGCUAUUUGACAAAAAUCAUGAAAAUUUAUUUGUAAUGUAUGCAUCAUACUUCAUUUAUGAUUUUAGGUGUUGACUUUAAAAUCAAGACAGUUACUAUAGAUGAUAACAGAGUCAAAUUGGCAAUUUGGGUUAGUAUAUAUUAUAAACAGCUGCUGUUUUGGGUUUCGAGCAUGAGCUUGGAUUUCACAAUCUAGGAAAUUUAAAUAAGAUUGUUGAAGAGCUCCGUAGAUACAAAUGUGGUACCUUAAGCCGGUUUUCCACUUCGCCCGUAUCGUACCGUAACGUAUCGGUGAGCAUGCGCAGACUGAAAAGAGGUUUAUAAAUCCACGUACUUCCUGGUGUAUUCGCGUAUCAAAAUAAAAAGUCAAGUCAACAUUCACGAAAUUUUGAAAUUUAAAAACGUUUUCGCACGUUACGGUACGAUACGGGCGAAGUGGAAAACCGCCUUUAGUCGGGUGAGUCAGCAGAGGCGUAAACCCUGGGGAUUGAGACUGUAAUUUGUUGGGCAAAAAUACAUUGAAAUUAUGUUGAGUAAUAACAUAAAAACCUAGAAAUCCAGUUUCUGGGGGGAGCAUACUUGCAUGUGCCUACGCAUCAUUGUCUCUAGACGGGACCAGGUACACUACGAAAAAUAACGUAACAUAGGCCUGAGGACGAGAAAUGUGCCUUCGACGCUACCCCUGUGGACCCUCAUAAAUUUUAAAUUUUUCCCCAGUAUCAUUACAUUCUCUUCCAACCACACCCUUUUAUCGGGCAAAACGUAGCCACACACCCCUAAUGUUUAUACCAAGUUUACGUCCCUGUAAAUCGGUCGUUGUUCACGCCUAUCCAUUUCAUGUUCGUUUGGUGAGUUCUGCGGCUGUUUUUGGAAACGGUUCAUUAAAACCGGUCAUACGAAGAUGCGAGUUGCAACUCUCGCUCACGUUUGACUGCCGCCAAAUCUAUCCGACGCUCAUUCACUCUCGUGAACUCGCAUCAUUAACUUUGAGCUGCUGCAAAUUGUAAUGAUAGUUGAUGAAAGUUUUUGCUACACAUGAUAACAAGUGCCAUAUGCAACCGCGCUUGUUCUCGCUGAAAGUCGAGAAAACUCUAAAUGCAAACUUUCACUUUCCUUCUCUCAUGAAUUCUUACCUUCGUUUGAGCAGGGUUUAAAUUAAAGAAUAACGUACCUUGACGUCUAGGCUGUGCGUGUGUGUUGGUACGCUCCAGUAAGGGACCGGUCAUUAAUUACAGGGGAGGGAGGGGGCUGGUGGAAAAAGAGGGGGGUCAGAUAUUUUUGUGCAUGAAAAAGGGGGGGGGGGGAAUUUUUGUGCAAUAUAAAUAUCUGCCCCGCAUGACCCCGUCGUACUAUAAAAUCUACAGAUAAAAAUAGAGAGCAGUAGAACAUUAUUACUGUAGUAAACUCCAACACAACACCAUUUAUUUAAACUGAUUUCAACAUAAACAUGUACAUUGGAACAGCUGUUAACUCCAUAAAUGGUAAAGAAUAUAUAAAUAUACUAGGGCAUAGUUGCCAACUCUCACAGAUCCACCAUGAGCAUCACGGAUUUUACUAAAACCUCACAGUGAGCUUGUUAAUAUCUCACGGGUUCUUAGAUAUGUUGGCUUUGUUGCAUAUUUUAACUAUUAAGAGUGACUUUUCAUUUGCAUCAAAUUUAACAUAAAACUUUUUUCUUCUUAAAAAAUUCCCGCCAUUAAGCCAAAAAUAGAUAAUCAAAACAUCACUUCAUGCAACCUCGUACUUGUGGGUAUUCAACAAUAUGGUUUUGUAUAUCUAAAUAAAAGCUACCAAAAGUUGUGUGUAUAAGGUAUAGAAGACUCUGAAAAUGCCAUUUCCAACGAUCUAGAGACUCCAUACUUUCAAAAUCUCACGGAUGUUUUUUCCCAAAGUUGGCAACUAUAUGUUAGGGUAGUAUGAUUAAAUGUGGCUUCAUUUUAUAAGAGGGGGGGGGGGGUCAAGUAUAAUUGUGUUAACCUCAAGGGGGGGGGGGCAACAAAAUUUUAGCAUCUAAUUUUUCAUUUCCACCACACACCCCCCCCCCCUCUCCCCUGUAAUUAAUGACCGGUCCCUAAUUCACAAAAGCUCUAAGGACGUAAGGACAAUGUGCAUGACUGGUACGAAAUAGCUUCAACCGAAGGAUAGUGUUCCAAUUGCGUUCCUAAAGUACAUGUCGCGUUUCAAUGCGCUCGGAGCCUCGGACCAUGAGUUUCGUACGGACUCGAAAAAGGGCGCCUAAAGUAUUCACGCCAAUACUUGCCGUUUUAAUUGCGACAUGUAACGUGAUGUUAGAAACGCGACGCGAACGCAGUGCUAGAAGAUUUAUGCGCAUUGUUAGUCUUAUUUUUACCUUGGUAUUAGACUAUCCAAUGUUAACUCACUUCAACAGAGUUAUUAAAUCUUAUUUGCACAUGCAGCUAAACAUCUUUUUUGCCGGUUCUGACAGUAUUUGUCGGUGAUAUCUAAAAAAGGAUCUCGGGAUCGACUGCUAACUUGUUUUUGUUAAAUUAGUCGUUUUGAAAUAUUAUCUCUUGUUCAUAUAGGAUACCGCAGGGCAAGAGAGAUUUAGAACUUUAACACCAAGUUAUUAUCGUGGUGCACAAGGUUGUAUCUUAGGUAAGAACUAUUUAAAACUACACUUUUGACCAUUGUUAAGGUCGAAAUUCCUCGCCAAUAACCAGUGAUCAUUCGUGAACAAGUAGUCCAGUAAAUGAUCCCGUAUUCGCCGUCUUGUGUGCAGAAAUAUCCAUCGUUUGCUUACUUUGGUUACAAUUGCACACUCGGUAAUUUUCAUUUUCUCUUUCCUUAGUAUACGAUACGAGCAAUCGGGAUUCUUUCAACAAGUUAGAAGAAUGGUUGAAUGAAGUGGAAGUAUAUUCAACGAAACGCGAUAUCAUUAAAAUGUUAGUUGGAAAUAAAAUAGAUAAGGUGAGCAAAACUAAAAUCACAAUGCCGUAGGUUUGCAUGGCGAUAAAAUAUAUUAAUGUUUUUCAUGGAGCAUGGACAUGAUGUUUCCCACCAAACAAACAGUUAAAAAAAAAGCAAUUCCAAAAGUGGCUUUUGUACUGAGGACGAGGAUGUUAGACCGUUGGCCCUAGGAGAACUUUAUCUAUUGUAUUGGGUGAUCGUUUACUUACUAACCAAAAUUAACUGGAGUAAGCAAAAGCUAUCUGUGAUAACCUACCGUAUGCAUACUGCAGGUGGAUUUACUUUAAUAGUUAACAAUUAUUCACCGAAGUGGAGGUGAAUAAUGUAAGGAUAUUCACCGAAACAUAUAGCGUAGCCAUCACAAAGCAAAAAUAACAACAAUUUUGUAUUCAGCUCCCGUAAUAGUUGUAACUGAACAAAGCAGUAUUUACACGCUUUCGGCAAUUUUGUCAUUUUUAUUUAUUAGAAAUAGCUUUUAAUUAAAAGAAUACCUCUACACAUUGCUAAACAAAACAUUGUGGGUUUCUUCAUGUUUGGCGAAAUUGCAGCUUCGUUUAGUACGAAAAUUUGCUCGUCUGUAACCGCAACGAAACGGAAAGCCAUUUUGUUUUUAUCCAGAGGUGAAUACUGCAACAAAAUACGGAGAUGAGCAAUGGUCAGUAUAGCGUGACCAACCCGACGAUUUAGUCCCACUCCACUAUGCAAAUAUUUUUGUGUUUAUUGACUGUGAAAACAAUCAAUUUCUAAAGAAAUGAAUUAUGAUAAUCAAAUUUUGAAUUUGCAUAGCGGGACUAAAUUGUUGGGCUGGCUAGGCCAGAUCUCGCAUCUAUUUUCUCUACGUAAAUUUCUCAUCCUCAGAUCAGGUUUUCUUUCACUAAAUACAGGAUAAUCGUGAAGUAGAUCGACAAGAAGGAAUGACGUUUGCAAGGAGAAACAAAAUGUUAUUCAUAGAAUGUAGUGCGAAAACAAAAGAUGGCGUGCAGUACGCAUUUGAAGAGCUCGUCGAAAAGGUCAGUUUUAUUGAAUUAUAUUUUAAAUUUUUAAGAAUUUUUUUUUUUGUUAUUUUUGUGUCUUUUAUGUAUUUGUGAUGCUGCACUACUUCAAAAUGUCCUGAAUAUUUAACAACUACUCACCAAAGUGGAGGUGAAUAGUGCAAGGAUUAGAAGUAGCUUUAAAGAAUGCCUCUACACACUGUUAAACAAAACUUUGUCAGUCUUUCUUCGUGUUUGGCGGAGCCCCAGCUUCGUUUAGUAAGAACUUUGCUCGUCUGUCACUGGGACAAAACGGCCCUGAUGUGAGCCUGGGUACGAGGUUGGGGUAUCCAGAGUUGAGCAACCAAUCAAAUUGCGCGAAAAGCACUAUCCACCUCCCGAGUAUAUGCUACAAAUGUCUAUUGUUCAGUAAUUUCUUAAAGUGUAGGAUCCAGUGGCUGAAAGGCGGAACUCCCCCCCCCCCACGCCCCAACCUUUAUGAAAAAUAGACAGUCUGUCGAAACGUUUGACUUAAUAAGGUUAAAAAGUGAUGGAGGUAAUUUGCUUCCUCCGAAAAGAAGUGAUUUUCACCAUUGAUAUAGUAUAAUGUAUGGUAUUAUUCCGGGUAGGCGCACUGUAUUCAUUAAAAUAUGGAUUGUGUUUAUUUAAAUACUCUCAUUUUGACGUAAUAAGUGUUCUCGUCUUUAAGAUAAUCCAAACUCCAGGAUUGUGGGAGAAAGACAGUCAAACGUCAGGAGGUGUUGAUCUUUCCAACACUGGCAAUUCAGUCGUCCAGGGGUGCAGUGGAUAUUGUUCACUGACGUAAAUAUUGAAUUUACUGUCAUAUAUACGUUUAAAAUUAUCCAAUGACGUCAAAUAUUACUGCUUGGUUUGUACCGGUUUUAGCAUUUGGCACAUUUAAAACUUAGAUAAAUAGAUUCAUUAUUUAAUACAUUUGGCAACAUAUUAUAAACAAUUAAAUAUAUAACUCAGAUUAGACUAUCGUGUAUAGGGUAUUAGAGAGUUUGAGCAAGACAACGAAGUCGACGACGACGACGUGGUUGACAAUUUUUGCCUGUCUUGCACAUUACCUUGCGCAUUCUGAGUUUAGAGUCAGGAGUGAAGACAGGUUAGAGAUUCAUGUCUAGCUGUUUGUGAAUGCUGACCCAAAUCCUUACCCUAAUCAGGAUAAAACAGCGAAACAUGAAUCCAUAUCCCGUCUUCGUUCUUUUGCCUUCGUUCACAACAAAUAUUUUGGCAAAAUUCGUUGUGAACUUCGUUCUUCACGAAGGCAGAAGGACAAAGACGGGAUAUAGUUUCAUGUCUCGCUGUUUUUUUGUGGAUCAGAGCAAGAAUUAUGGUCAGUAUUCAUAAACAGCGACACAUGGGAAGACACGUUGAGCAACCACCAGUGACGUCCAACUCAGUAUGCGCAAGAUAACGUGCAGACGGCAAAAAUUGUCAAGUAUGCUUUCGUUUUCGUACUUCGUUGUCUUGCUCAAACUCUCUAAUUGUAAGCCCGGUACGGCCGAGCAAUUGUUCCUUGACAGGUUUCCAUGAUUAGCUUUAUCUAUUUUUAUACGUAAAACCAAGAACUGAACAAAUUUUCCUUGUGUGAAAGAUAGUCCAGCUUUUUUUUUCUUCGCGGUCAUCCUGCUUCUGCAUGGCGUUAAGCAAAGAGAAAUUGCAAGGAAUACCGUCGAAGUUUUGUCGUACGCGCGAGAAAAGGCGACCAGGAGAACUUGUUGAACGUAUACAUGUACACACAUGUCAACUUGCAAAGAAACAUGUCAAGAAAAACUUGCUUGUCUGUGAGACUAGUCUUCCAAAGCUACCACAGUCGUUCACGAUUAAUAUUGUUGUACUGUAUCUGUCUUGACAUUGUCUUGGUUUAGCACUCAUCAAAAUCAUCCAACUGUGAUGGAAUUAAUAAUUCCUGCAAAACCUUUAAUCACCAAGUUAAGUUUAGAAGAAAAAUCGAUGUCUUGGUGAUUCAGUGCCGAACAUCGAUCGCAUUAUUAUUUGUUUUGAACGGAAAAUUUAUCGCCAAAGAUGUUAAAGUGAACAUGACAGAACUCCCCCCCCCCCCCCGUUUUUAUGCAGUACUUUAAACUACUUUGAAAGUUAUAAAGACUUUUUCCCCGCUCAUCUCGUUAUCAGACAUUUUGUAUGAGAACUUGUAAGAACGAUAAUAAUAAAUGGAAAAAAAUUCCUGUCUAUUUUGUUGAAAGCAAAGAAUUAGACAAAUAGGACAGAGAGUCCUGGUAACUGGUGUGUUGCUAAGACAACCACAUAAAGACACGUUCUAAAAUGUUUGCUUAGACGCACUUACUAACUGUAUCAUAUUUCGUUUAAUUUCGUUGAAUCACUUCUGAGAUAUUAGACUAGUGUCGUCAAAAUACAAAAUGCCCAAUAACUUGGGAACGAGAUGAGCUGUGAAUAUUUUUUUACGGCUAUUCGCAAUUUUCAAGGUACUUUCAUGUGCACUUAGUAUAUGACUGUUGAAUUUUUAGAACUCCCUCUUCGUUGCCUGUGCAUGCUGGAAGUGUGAUACACCCUUCCAGAAAGUACGUCAUCUUGGCUAUAGAGCCUCGUUUUUGUGAUUGAGACACGUUGAGCUUUAACUAAUCUCACACAUGGCCGGAUUUUGAUGGGAGGCGUGGGGAGCUGUGCACCUCCCCUGAGAUCGUUUUGCACCUCCCCUGAGAUUUUUUCACCUCCCCUGAAAUUUUUUUCACCUCCCCUGAAAAGUCAUGCACCUCGUCUUGGGAAAGGUUAACUGAUAGAUCAAAGUGAAAUUUUUAUGCGUUGUUUAGAGUCUACACUUCAUCAUCUCUGUGUCAAGUAUCCUUUUAAAGGCGGAGUUCAGCCUUUUGAAUGAUGGUUUUUAAGGCGAGUUUCAGCCCUUUUAAUUGAAAAAACUAACUAGGAAAAUCAAUUAUACAUAAUUCAAGAUCAGGAAAAAUCAAUAUUUUUAACAAUAAAAAAUGUUUUAAAUUGCUAAUCUUGAAUUAUGCUUAAUUGAUUUUCCUAGUUAGUUUUUUCAAUUAAAAGGCUACAUUCUAAGUCCUAACAUUCCAUGAGGGCCGUGAACUAGACGCUGCACCUCCCCUAAAUAUGUUUCCACCAAAAUCCGGCCUUGAUCUCACAUGAACCAGGCUCUAUAGCCCAGAUGACAUACUUUCUGGAAGGGUGUAUUGCAGGAAGCAUUACCCAUUGCAAACAAAGCUCACAGUAUACAAUUGUACUGUUUAUUAUUCGGCAUAUAUUUUGUAUUUGUGCAUUUUUGACAUUUAAAAACUAUAGAAAAUAAAUAAUGUAAUAUCUGUACAGAAGUAGACAUUUAAAAUGUUCCUGUGGUUUUGUAUUUAAAUGUAUUUCUGUUAGUGGUAUAUUUAUUGUAUAGCAACGAUAGAUGAUUAGGUAUAUUACAAACUGCAACCAAUCGGUUCUAUAUUAGUAAUAACACGAUUUGGGUAGUACAAUAAUCAUACAGUUUGCAGUCAUAUUAUCGAAGUUGUUAUUUGUCCGGUCACGGAAACCAAAGAGCUUCGGCUAUUUGUCCAUGAAUUAAUUUGAUUGGUUCAUUUAAAUGGCAAGCGGUUGUUUUCACACAAUAAAACCG